AUGGCAAACUUCACCAGACUCAACGUGUUGACACCUAACCGUUCUGAUUGGAGGGUUUUGGUUAGAGUUGAAAAGAUGUGGGAUACCUUGGAGGCAGAUGUUGGUGAAGGUCUAAGCUUUCUUUUUGUGGAUGAAAUGGUUUGUUCUCGAUCUUAUAACGCCCCGACCGCCCCUCCCGGUGAGUCACCCACGCCCUCUCUUUGGGCCCCCAGGCCCAUCUCGGCCCGUGGGCCUCACCCCUGUCCGACGGCCGGUCCGUUAUUUUUGAGAGGCUCUAAUGACUUGUUUACUAUCCCUGCAAUCAACACCCGACCUUUCCCCGUGUUUUGGCCUCACUCACACGGUUUCGGAAACCACUUCCCGAAAGGUCACCCAUCCUUCAACUACUCCAGCCCAAGCACGCUUAACUCUGGAGUUACUUAUAGACCUUUGACCGAAAAGGGCACAAAGAUGCAUGCUUUUGUUGAACAAAGUAAUCAGAUGAAAAGGUUCAAGAGAUGUCUUCAUGAAGGGGAAUGGAAUAUUCUAACCGGAUUUUCCGUGGUCAUGGUGAACACAGAGAUCCGUUUGACGGAAGCCAGAAACAAGAUUGCUCUCACGUCCAACACCAGCGUCACACCCGCAGAGGACUCGGAUGCUUGGAUUCCGCUUGACAUCGUUCCUUACGAUAUGUUUCGAAUUUUUGGAAUGAUGAACGAACUUCUUUCCCUAGAGUGUCGUGUAAAGGGUGCCUUAGCAUCUAAGUUUAAACGGUUUUGGCUUUACUAUGGUAAAAUUGAGACCAUCGUAUGCCUCUUAACCGAUUGGCGGGUUGUAGAAGAUGCGGAUCCAAUUCAUAUCGAAAGUGAAGAAGGAAUCUCUAGAUUUGAAUUCAAUCCUAUUGGCUUUGAUGAGGUUGACCAUUUCACUGAGAUAAUGUGCUCUUCCUCACAAGACAGCAGCGAAGAAGAUGUUGAAGAAAUGGAAUUUGAUUAUUUCAAUGGCUGUAGAACCGACAACAAAAGUUGA